UCCGACGAUAAGAAGGCUUCCUUCGCACGCUUCAAUGCUACCGCUACCUCUACUGAUGUCAUCAUCGAGGCAAUCCGUCGAGACGGAGGCGUAAUCGUGGAAAAUCUCAUCACUCGUGAUGCAGCCGGACAGAUCAAACAAGAUCUGAAGCCACACUUUGAUAAAGAUAUACCAGACAAGUAUGGCUUAUUCCCUCCAACCACCCAGCGUGCUACCGGCCUGCUAGGCAUCUCAGAUGCCUGCGUCGACUUGGCUUGCAAUCCAACCUAUAUCAGCGUCGCCAAUGCACUUGCCUCAUCCAGCUAUUCCUUCUGGAGGGGCGAUCAUAAGGUGACGGUGUCCGGAAAGCCGAUCAUCUCUAGCACGGCUGGGUUCCGGGUGACACCCGGAAGCAAGCAGCAGGUGCUUCAUCGUGAUGAUAAGUAUGAUAGCAGUGACUAUCAUCCACAUGACGCUCAAUUGCCAGUGAUGAUUGGUUGUGUGACUGCAUUGACGAAGACAACCAAGGAGAAUGGAGCGACCGUUGCCAUUCCAGGUUCACAUCUCUGGGGCUCGGAGCGGCAACCAUUAGAUGAGGAAGCCGUUCCUGCGGAACUGGAGCCCGGUGAUGCGUUUAUUUUCUUGGGUAAUCUGUAUCAUGCUGGUGGUGCGAAUGUCACUGAAAACGAUUACCGCGAAACGGUGGGAAUCUUCCUCUGCAAGCCAACGCUGCGUCCGGCCGAGAACCAGUUCUUGGUCGUUCCAAAGGAACGAGUCAAGAGCAUGAAGCCCCAAGCCCAGAGACUUCUAGGGUAUGGGGUCUGCGAGCCAGGUGUUGGCUUCAUGCAUUAUCAGGAUCCAAUG